AUGCCCUCUACAACCUUAAAUGAAUCAGUUCCUGAAAUUGGAACUCCAAGGCUAACGGGAGGGCUACUGCAUUUAACACCAAGACCAAGAUUAAUGGGUAAAGCAUCAAAUAGUCCAAAUCUAUUAAAACAAUCAAUGUUCAAAAUUGGCCAUCAAAAAAUUAAUAUAGAUGUAGAUUUAUCAGCGAAUACUAUAGAUGGAGUUACGGAAAUUACGGUCUUACCGUUUUUAAAUAAAUUGAAGAUCAUUAAGUUGGAUUGUCGUGAAAUGAAAAUUAAAAACUUGUAUAUAAAUGGAACAAGAAACUUGAAUUAUAUAUAUGAUGACAUGUUAUAUAUGAAUGAUCCUAGUAUGUUUGGAGACAAUUUAGUAGAAGAUGAAAUAAAUGUUUUUGAUUUAUACUCAGAUAAAUAUCAUAUUCAUCAACACCAUUUCAUUAAACAGAAACUAAACUACAUAUUUGGGGAGAAAUAUUAUAAUGAAGAUGAAGAAUUAAAUGAAAUACGUAAUACUCAAGAAUUAAAAAUUCUAUUGCCAGAUAAUAUGAAAUUUGAAUUGACUGAUAUUAACUCAAUAACUACCCCGUCAGGAAGUCAACCAAGCACAAUGACACCAACUCAUUUAAAAUCAAAAAAUACAUUAAGUGAAGUUUACACACCAAUACAAAUCAAGAUUGAAUAUGUGCUAAAGAAUCCCAAAAAUGGUUUGAAUUUUGUUACAAAUGAUGACAUAAAUAAAAGAUCAUGGCAUGCAUAUACUACAAAUUCAGAUUAUAAUGUCUCUACAUCUUCCUGGGUUCCAUGUAUAGAUAAUUUAAACAGUCGAUCAACUUGGACAAUUGAAGUUAGUGUGCCGAGAACUCUAAACGAUAUAGGACAUCCAAGACUUAUAGGAUCAAAAGAGGCUUUGAGAUAUCACCAAGAAAGAAAUAGAAGAAAUGAAAAUAAUGAUGAUGAUGAUAUUGAAGAUACUGAUGAUAAUCCAGACUUAGUUGUAUGUGCAGCAGAUAUAAAUAAUGUAAAAGAAACUCCACAUCAGAUUGAUUUAUCUAAGAAAGUUGUAUCUUGGUCAAUCUUUAAUUCAGUAUCUGCUCAUCAUGUAGGUUGGGCUGUCGGUUUUUUCGAUAGUUUUGUUUUAGCUGAUCAUUCAGCAUCUGAAAAUAAUGAUUUUGAUGAUAUUAAUGAUAAUGAUAAUAAUGAUUUUAAUGAAAAAGAGAGUACAAGCUCUCCAAUAACCAUAUAUGCACUACCUGAAGAUAUGGAAUUAGCGAAAAAUACAUGUAUAAUAGCAAAUAAAGCAUUGGAUUAUUUCCUGAAUGAAUUUGGUUCAUUUCCUUUUAGUUCUUAUAGUUUUGCAUUUGUCAAAUUUUCACCAGUGGAUAGUAAUAGUUAUGCUGGUUUGUCCAUAAUGUCCUCAUCAUUACUUUAUCCAGCCGAUUUAAUUGAACCAAUGUUUACCACAACUGAUGUAUUAUUAAAAAGUAUUGCUAGCCAAUGGUCAGGUGUUAAUAUCGUUCCUCAUAGUUUUGAAGACAUGUGGUGUACUACAGGUAUAGCAGGAUAUAUGGCUAUUUCAUUUAUUGAAAAGUUAAUGGGAACUAAUGAAUAUCGAUAUAAAAUUAAGAAAUUAACGAAUAAAAUAAUUCUGGAAGAUGUCAAUAAGCGACCGAUUGCAAGACCAUUUUUAAAAUACCCAGUCUCAGAAACCGACUUGGAGUUCAUGAAAUUAAAAUCACCAAUAGUGUUUUUCAUACUAGAUAAUAGAAUGACUAAAACUGACAAAUCAUUUGGAUUAUCAAGAGUCAUCCCAAAAUUAUUUUUACAAGCAAUGUCUGGAGAUUUACCAAAUGGUACAUUAAGUACUGAUCAUUUACAGUACGUAUGUGAAAAAGUAAAUAGAAAUAAAUUGGAAAGUUUUUUCAAACAAUGGGUUUUUGGUGCUGGUACACCAAGCUUUAAAGUAAGUCAGAGAUUUAAUAAGAAAAAGGGUAUGAUAGAAAUGAUUAUACGGCAAGUACAACAUCAUGAGAAUAAACAAGUUCCUUUGACUACAUCAAAUUUUAUUGAUGAUGCAUUGUGUUAUAUGAAUAAAGAACCUUCAACUAUUAAGCAAAAUGUUUUCACGGGCCCAAUGACAAUUAGAGUUCAUGAAUCUGAUGGUACUCCAUAUGAACAUAUAAUUCAUAUAAAAGAAAUGAAGACAACAAUAGAUAUACAAUUGUCCAAAAAAAUUCGUAAAAUUAAAAAGAAAGAUGAAGGAGUUGAUCCAGGUAUAAAUUUCAAUCAAUUUGGAGAUAUACUUACUACAGACGAUGAAAAACAAAAAUGGAAUUUUCAGGAUUGGAAUAAAAGAGACGAGGAAUCAUUAGCGAGUGAACCGUUUGAAUGGAUAAGAGCUGAUGUUGAUUUUGAAUGGAUUGCUAAAAUAGAUAUUUUGCAACCAGACUUUAUGUUUGGAUCUCAACUUAUUUUUGAUAGAGAUGUUGAAGCUCAAUGUGAUGCAAUUAGAUAUUUUGGUGAGAUUGAGAAACCCUCAAUUGUAUAUUGUACAGCUUUGGUCCGAACAAUUUUGGAUGAAAGAUACUUUUAUGGUGUAAGAAUAGCAGCAGCUGAAGCAUUAGCAACUAGUUCAAAUGGUCCCAAUGAUUUCAUUGGUGUUAAAUAUUUAAUUAAAGCUUAUAGGGAAUUAUUUUGUUUUCCUGAUAGUACAAUUCCAAAAUCAAAUGACUUUAAUGAUUUCAGAUCUUACCUUAUUCAAAGAGAGGUUCCUAUUAUAUUAAGUAAAAUUACAGAUCAAGAUGGUAGAGUUCCAGCUGAUAUUCAAAACUUAUUGUUUAACUUGGUAAAAUAUAACGAUAAUUCAAUGAAUGAUUAUCAAGAUUCCUUAUACAUGAAAGAUUUGAUAAUAGCAUUAACGACAAGUGCCAUAAGUGGAUGGCGUAAAGAUUUACCUGAAAGCAACAAUGCUGAAUUUGCAGAAAAAGUAAAUGACGAAAUUGUGAGAUUGCAAAAAUUAGAUGAAUGGAGACCAUCUCAUCAAAAAAUACUACAAAUCACUUGUGUUGAGUCAAGAGUUAGAAUGGCAUUAGCUGGGGCUUUAAAACUUUCAUUGGAAGCUUUAUUGAUGAAUACUUUAGAUAGUCACCCGAUGGAUAGUAGAGUUGAUUCAUUCAAAGGAUUAUUAGUAUUAAGUGGAUUCAAAAAUCAAGAAAUACUAGAAUAUUUUUUAAAAGUAAGUCUUUUGAAUUUCUACCGACCAUUAUAUACCAGAAAAUUAAUUGAAGCUUUCAUUGAAUCCAUAUGUUUAAUUGCUAUCAACGGAAGUUAUGUGCCAUUAGAAGAUCAAGAGGAAGAGAGUAACCCCAAUUCGAGUAGUUCAACAGACAAUACAAGAAUGAUCAUAAUUGAUGAAGGUUCAAAUUCAGACAUGAAAUCAAAGCAUGAUACAUAUGCAAGAGCAACAAUAAAAGGUUCAAUAGAUAUAUUAAGAAGAGACUUAUACUCAAAUGAAAGUUUAAAAAAUGUAAUUUGGGAAAUGAUACAUUCUUCAUUAUUGGGAAAUUAUGUCAAGAGAAACCUAUUUUUAAUUUCAGAAAUAGUAUAUCAAGAGCAAGAUUCAUUAAUUGUCAAACUACCAGUCCCAAGUUUACCAAUACAAGAAUUUAAAAAGAAAGUUGUAGCUAAAAAUUUAGGUAAUGGACAAAUUCUUUUGAAAAGAGAAGGUAGAUUUAAAAUUCAGCUAUUAUCAAGAAAAUCAUCGACUGCAUUAUUUCACAAGAAGACCAAUAAAAUUGAAGAAAUUAGUCAUUAUCGUACUCCGCCUACAGGCUCAAGCUCUACUGCAUCAACUAGUAAAAGACCAUCACUUAAAAUUUCAUUAAAAUCAUCACAAGAAACUACUCCUAAACUUAAAAAAGAAAGAAGAAAAUCGGAACCUGAAAUUAUUGAACUUUCUGAAGAUGAAUUAAUUUCUCCAAACGUUCCAUCAUUUUCAUCUAGAUUAGUUAGAACCAAUGGAGGCAUGGUAACAAUCAAAUUACCAUCUUUUAGGUCAUCAACAUCUUCAUUAGUCAGAUUAGACCCAAUUGAUAAAGGAAAAAUCAAAAUUAAAUUCACCAAUAAAAAUCUUUUUUGUAAUGCAACGAGGGUAACUACUUCAAAACCUUCAACGUUUUCAUCAUUGGUUACGAUUGAUCCAUAUAAUACGGCACUAGUCACUAUCAAAUUGACAAAGAAGGUAAAAGAAGAUGUUGAACCAGAAUUUGUAAAACAAGGAGAUGAAAAAGUAGACCAAGAAGAUGUUGUGGAACCAGGAGCUGAAACUCGAGAACAAACUGAACCACUAAUACAUGUGAAAAAGAAAUCUGAAUCACUGGAAGAUAUAAAACAAGAGCAGGAAGAACAAGAUCAAGAAGAAUUGGAGAAUGAGGAAAAAGAAGAUGAAAUCAAAGAAAACGAAGAACAAAUGGAUAAACAAAUGGAAGAUGAACCAAUGGAAGACGAACAACAGCAGAGUAUAAAACAGGAAACUACUUAG